GGUACAAUACUGAUGAAUGCUUAAGUUUGUUCGCGGCCUUAUUGCGCUUAAUCGGCCAUCCGCAGCUCAGAAUGUUCUACCGCAAUACCAAUCCCCAGAAACGGGGCCCAGGACGUCAGAUUGAAUCUUAUGACGAAGACGACGAGGAGGACCGAGGUGUUAUGCCGAAGCGUAUCCGGCAAGGAGACAAGGAAGUAUUCAUGUUCACUUCGGAAAUGCUCGAUUCCAAUUCAACUGGAACCUCUCGAAGACGCAAGCGAAGCAAAUCUCCCAGCCCGAUGCAAAUAACUAUCCACCGCGUCAAUACUAACAACACCCAGAGUACAUUAUCCCGUCGGCAAGUCAAAGCUUACGCUCGACAAGCUUACAACUCCAGUAAACAAGUGUACACUACCGAUCUGAGAGACAUCCUCAAUAACAGGAAUUGUCCCAUAACUUUUAAUAUGGAGGAUGCAAAUCAUUUCGCACAUCCUCAUUCUGAUGCACUUGUUAUUACUGUUCCUAUAUGCAGAAUCCCAGUACAUCGCGUAAUGGUCGACACUGGGGCCUACUCGAGCAUUUUGAUGUUAAAAGCCUUUGACAAAAUGGGUCUCGAUCCUGCUGAUAUCCGACCUUGUAAUGACCAAAUACAGGGGUUUAAUGGUAGCAUUUCAAAGCCCAUCGGCGAGAUCACUUUACCUGUCAGGUUUGGCACUUCGGAGAACGUCACCAAACUCGUCAUGAAAACUUUUAAAAUUCUUGACAUCAACAACGAGAAUAAUGCCAUCAUCGGCAGAACAGCGUUGUACAAACUUCGAGCUGUGGUUUCGAUCUUUCACUACGCACUGAAGUUCCCGACUACACGAGGAGAAGGGACUCAUUUCGGAGACCAAAGGGAAGCUCGAGAACUUGUCACUUUCGUACCAUCCAGCGGAGUUUAUUCCAUCACUUCGGGAAAUGAUGACAAUUCCCCACAACGAAACACCUUGGACGAUGUGAUUUCCGAGGAACCGAAUUACAACGCCGUUGUUCCUCCCACCUCGGACCCUUUAUCUGAAGACCGAG